AUGAAGACUUCUCUUUAUAACUUUAUGAAAUUAUCUAUCAAAUUUCCUUUUGAAUUUUCGAAAUUUAUUUCUAUAAAAAUGUUCUCAAACAUUAUUAAAUGCUUGAUUAAUUAAACAAAGAAAAAGGAUUUAUUUACAAAAAUUUGGCUAUAAUCUAUAGCGGAUUAACAUUCUCCCAUAUAAGUAAUUGUAUAAAUCAUCUAGGUAAUUCGAAGAACUUACAAAUCCUAAUUGAAAAUUAACUUCUAUAUCAUAAUUCAAUAAAAAUUUAAGAAUAUAUUUUAAAUAUCGAAGCUAAAAUUAUCAGCCCAUCUGAAAUGGUUAGAUAAUACAACACAGUUUAAAUAAAAUCAAUUGAAAAUAUUAUUAAAAUGUUAUUAAUUAAUAAUUAAUAAAAUUAAUUUUUACUUAAUUAGCAUAUACUAAUAUUUGUUAAUUAUGUAAAAUUCUCUUUAUUUAAUUGGUUUUCUUAAAUCAACUCUGA